AUGAAUAACAUUAAUGAAAAUUCAUCUACAAUUGCAAAUUUUAUAAUAGGUGGCCUUGCUGGUACAACAACUUCUACCAUAUUAUAUCCAAUUGAUUUUAUGAAAACAAGAAUGAGCAUUGAAGGAUCUCAAAAUCAUUAUCGCAGUAUGUAUGAUUGUUUUAAAAAAAUUAAACGUAAAGAAGGCUUCUUAACACUAUACAAAGGGAUAUCGGCAUUAUGGUUAAGACAAAUAAUAUAUUCUAGUACAAGAAUCGGAAUAUUUAUAACAGUAGAAGAUAUAUUUAAAAAACGAUAUCAUCAUGAGACACCAAAUUAUUCUGAACAUUUAUUUUCAGCUAUUAUAGCUGGUAUUGGUGGUUCAUUAGCUAGUACACCAUUUGAGGUGAUUUUAACAAGAAUUUCAAUUGAUGGCAGAUUACAUAAAUGUGAACGAAGAAAUUAUAAAAGCAUAUAUGAUGCAUUUAAGAAAAUUACAAAAAAAGAAGGUUAUUUAACAUUAUGGCGUGGUGGUUGUUUAUCAACUGAGUCGCGUUUGCUAACACCGGACCAAAAACAACAACGAAUUGAUGAUUCUGAGGCAUGUCUGGCCCUAUUUCACCGUGAUAAAAAGAAUUUGCGCCGCUACGUCACAAUUUGGAAGAAACAUAGAUCCGCCAUUUUGCUUUUAAGUCAAAUCGACAGUCGGCUGGAUUGGACACCACCCGGUGAAAGCCGCCCAAAGCGCCCAAAGAUUCAACCCUCUGCUGGCAAGGUUAUGGCUUCCGUAUUUUGGUAUAGUCAUGGUAUAUUCUUCAUUGAUUAUCUUGAGAAAGAGUACACGAGACUCGAUGGUACUCCCGAAGCAAAGUAA